UAUGAACUAUUUGAAUCAAGGUCAGUCUAGAGUCGCUCAAAGGUCGUCCAUGAAUUAGUCUCACUAUGAACAGCCAUAAAGUAUUCACGUGAUAUCCCAAACUACUAGUGAAUCAUCAUGACAAUAGAAGAUCCAGACCUUGAGGCUGGGAAAAAUAUUGAUGUCGACGAACUACUAGCGUCAUUUGCAAUUGACUUACCUGAUGAACACACCGAUCCUGAGAAGUUACUACGCAAAGAGCUAUUAUCACUUAAGCAAAUGAGAAAAACCCUUACUGAUAUUGAUCAUGAAGUUAAGAAGUGUGAACGUAAAGAAGAGAAAUCGAAAGCUAUGAAACCAAGGGAAAAAGCUAAAGAAGAAGCGAUGAAGCUUCUUAAGUCAGGAGCAAUAUCAAUUGAGAACAAAAAUGAGCGUCACACAUUUAAACGUAAACCUAAGGAAAGUGAAGAAGAUGAGGUGCCAGGACCCAACAUGAACUUAAAGGUAAAACAGUCACUCUACCGCAAUUUUCUACCUGGUCCAAUACUUAACGCGUUGGGACCUGAGGAAAAAAAAGUAGACGUCUUAUCUAACCAUAAAGCGGCUACUUGUGAAGUUAACUGUACGGAUGCUUCUGAGACCUUACAAACUAAGAGGAAACAGCAGUUCAACCUCCUACUGGAUGACAAAAAUUUGGAUACGGACCAAAUAACGGAUGUUUCAGAUUCAUGCAGUGUCGAUCAGUUACAUUCUCCGAACCGACCAGCGCACUCUACCUUAUAUGUUGGAUAUCAUAAUAUCACUGAAUCUUUUAUUCAUGAUGUUUUCAAGCAUCAUGGUACCGUUGUAAGGAUUAGGAUUGGUAAUCCCUCCAACCAUGCCUACGUUACAAUGGCUACGAAUCAAAUGGCCCAAAGUGCAUUGAAGCUAGAUCACCAAAUGGUAAGCAAUCGUCUUUUGCGUGUAUCGUUUGCUCGGAGACCUUUCCACGUGAAACCUUUUUCACCUACAAAAUAUAGUCCAUAUCGGUCAUUUCGAAAACCAGCUUGCUGUAACUCGAACGAGGGGCCUUCAAACAGAAUAUCAAGCGAACUUAAUCGAGAUCUAAUUACUUAUGAGGACUUGUAUUCUGAUAAAUGAACUGUACAAUUAUAUUUAAUAAACUGUUAAACAGAAAUCGAACUCUUAAUUCAUUUUUUCAUAUGUGAACGUAUUUUUCCUGUUCUUUCGAAAAUUCUUCCUAGUUCUAUUGUCAUUCAUAACACAUGAAAAGGUCCUUUUAUAGAUGUAUAUCCCUUUUACGGAUCUGUAGAAAAUGGGACAAGAAUGUAAUGUGCUGUAACGUUCAUCAUAAAUCAGCAAUCAUUGCGCUUAGAAAAACAUUCGGCAGUUACAAAUCGACUGGACGACUUACAGUUGAACUGAGGGAUGUUUGUCAGUGUAGACUACCUGGAUACGCUAUGUGUGGUACUCAGUCAAUGGCUAGGGACUUCAAAUGAUAUGACUCAGAAUCGCUCGCAAUGGUGCAGGUUCAUUCACGCUUUGUCUUACGUUGAACCCUAAGUUUGUAGACUGUCUUAUACCUUUUCCACGUUUUCUAUACCUAAUUUCCCUAUCACUAAUGAUACUGUUAUUACUUCUACUAUGGGAUUUUUCUUGAUAGUUUUAUCUCGCUGUGCUAAUGGUGUGUGGCAACUUGGUUUGAUGAACACAUGUGCUAGGUUCUACGUUGCACACGACUGGCUGAUAUGAAGGCUAGUUACACUGAUUAGCUACUUAGUUAAUGACUGGAUUGAGUUGAAUAAGCCAGUGUAGGUUAGUACACUCGCUCUUAAAGCUAAUCAUGCUACCUGGUUGGAUAGACCGGGGCAAGUGAUGUGGAGUGUAUGGUUGCAACUUAAAUGUGUUGUAGCCAAUAAACUGCAUUCCAGAGUAGAGUGGGGAUACAAACAUAUGGUUUAGUGGGCUAAAGGAAUAUAUCAAACCGCAUGGCAAAAUAGAUGAGUUGAUUCGUUUGCGACUAAAAGCCAUAAUAAAAGGGAUGUAUCUGUCAGUCAAGCCGAAGUUUGUAUCAAAUGAAUCGCUCGUUGAGGCGGUUAUAUGCAUACAGAUUUACUCCCAAUAGACCCUCCAGUUGUGUCUAUCACUCAACAUGUACAAGCCAAGCCUCAUACUUUGAGAGAACAGGAAGGAGGGUUGUUGUAUUCAUCACUGAGCACAGUCAACAGAAACUUAAACUCAAAGGAUACCAUUUCCAGUCGUGCGAUUGCUAGCUAUGUGCUUGACAGUCGGCAUGAUGUUGAUGUGUCAGUCUUUCGAAAUAAUUAAUAAAUUAACUUAGGACUUAUUAAGUUUUGUCGAAGCAGUUUCCAUGAAAAGAUUUAUGAAUCCAGUAAGGCCCAGUUAACAAGUUUGCUUUACCGUGGUCUGGUUACAAAUUUCUUGUUUAACUUUUUUCUUAUGAUAUUAAUUAUGAUUCCUUAGUCCUUAUCUGAUCUAGUCGAUUCAUUUUACUGUUAUGCAUCACAUGACAUGAAACUGACCUUUCAUGUCAUUUCUAGAAUUUCUGGUUUUAUGCUAUCUCCAGUCUUUCUUCUAGUAUAUGCACAUCGAAUAACUGUUUGAACAAACCUAGUUCUUCCUCGGUCGUCGUUCUCCAUUAUUCAAGUGUAUCAAGACUAAUUUUUUAUUACGUAUAAUAUGUAUCUUGUAUUGCUUUCUAAGUAGUAAACAGCUAAAGAGAAUCUUCAAAAUACAUAAUAUAAAUCCAUGUUAAUCGGCUACCUUCCUACCUUAGUUCAAAAACAGUAUUUGACUGUUUAUCAAUGGAGUAGAAUUACAUUUCACAGUAAAAGGCAUUAUUAAAUGUCAGUCAGUAUAAAGACAAUGUUUGUGGUUGUUGUUUGGAUCUUAUAAAUAAAAAAAUAUAAAUCUACGACCCUCCAUAUGUUUUCUAAUUUCUGCCUGAAGAAAAUAAUCUAUAUUAUUCUCCAUGGUAUUUAAACAGUGUCGAAUCUUGUCAGUAUAAAUGGGCUAUCAUCUACAACCUUUGUUAUGGUUAAAAUUUUCAUUUUCCCUUCGUUCUAGUACAUGUUUAAAUUCGAUGGUGAAUUCUUCACGGAAUAUAAAAGAAUUCAUAUAUAUGAAGCAGUAAAUCAACUAAAACGUCUCCGUUGUUUCGGCGCAUUGUGUGCAAUCAACACUAUUGUUUGGAGUUUUUCUACAUGUAAUCCACGACAGAUACAAACAACUAGUAGCAAUUUUCAGCUCUUCAAAGAAACUGCCCCUAAAUCUUACGAAAAAAUGGUAGAGAGUUUUAGACUGAAUUCGGAUACCAAACGACUUUAUCCUUGGAUAACAGCUGUACUUGCUUUCUCCUCGUUUCUUGGAGGACUUCUUUUACCACGUCGUAUGAUUCGCAACAUAAUUUUAAUAACCGCUGAGAAUAACAAUACUUCGGCACUACAAAAGUUUAUUCAGAUCGAUACCCAUGGAGCUUUUGGUAUUAAAAGUAAUGGUAGAACAUUCAAGAGACCUUUGAGAUAUAUAUCAUUUGACUACAAAUCACCACACUCUGAUGUAUCCAGAAUAAAUAUUCGUGUCAAACAUGUACCUUUCGGUUUCAUACUUGAUUUACGAAAGGCAAAACACAUUGAUGAAAAUGAAUUGUGCUGUCUAAUGUACAAAGUUAAUCAGAAGUGUAGUACUUAAUUCUGUAAUAACUGUAAUAUGUAUUAUCUUAUAAAUUUCAUGUUACUGGAUAAAUAAUAUGAAUGCUUGUAGACAAUGUUCAUGUAAAAUCAGUGGUUUUUAAUCUACUGAAACUAUUGUAUUACCAAUAUCCUACUCAUAAUUUAUACUAAUGGCUUACGAUGAAAUAAAAUAGACUCCAUAUUUGUUUAUUGUUCUACGUCUAUUUAACACUUGGAAUCGAACUGAUAGGGUUUUUAUGGCCCGAGGAUCUGACUCCUAUUUAGAUCGUACGAACGUUUGUUAUCGCCUAUUCUCAUCGACUUAAAUCGCGUUAGUCAAUAACGGAAUUAAAUAAGUCGAAUAACGAGAAUUGACUUGAAAAUACAUAUAUUUUGUAUAUGAAGCGAAUGAAACAGAGCAGAACAAAAUGACACGCAGGGAAGAUGGCUGGGAAGCCAACUCCAUUUUAGUCAAGCGUUACUCAAUAUUUAUAGUCCGACAAAAUAAAGCUACACACAUGUGAUUAAUGGGAUAAGAAGGGCACACACAUAUACGCUCAUAUAGAAACAGUCAAGACUGAUAAGUGAAUAAUUGACAAGGUCAAAAUAUGACUUAAGUAGAAUGAAUAGAAUGGAAUGUCCGAAAGCUAGAAUAAGAUAUAUGGGCUUAAAAUAAUGAAUGACAUUGCAGGGUUGACUAAUGCCCUAGAAGCCCUUGUUAUUUGUAAGUUUGCAUGAGAAACUUGUAUUUAAGAUUCCAGUAAAGUACUACAAAAGUGUCAUUCACCUAUUGACUCGAAAGUACAUUUCAUGUGAGUUUACACUACUAUCCUGCGGCAGUGAUAUUGUGG